AUGUUCAGUUCGAGCACAGCUGAUGAUGCUCACGGCUGCCUAUGGCGGCACAGCUGGACAUGGACACAGAGGCCCAUCGAAGGCGUCGAUGGGCAUGCAAGGCGUAGUCGGAGAGAGAGGGAGGGAAGGAGAGAGAGAGAGAUCCGAGCGAGCACGACACAACGACGGCAUCAAGCAGAGGAGCAACGUACCUCCAAUCUGGGAAUGGCAGACAUGCUCAAGAUGGGAGCCAGUCAGCAUGUCUCGUCCUCAUCGGUAAGCACUCCAACCACGAUGCGUUGGCAGGGUGCUCGAGGGAUCCGGGCCGGGAAAGCGUUUUCACUUGAAGACAUGCUGCAUGUACAGGAAAGGAUGUCGUUGUGGAUGGGGGCGGGGAACAAGGAUGAGGAUGAGGAUGAGGAUGAGGAUGAGGAUGAGGACAAGGACAAGGACAAGGAUAAGACGGAGACGGAGGCGGAGACUGGGAAUGAAAGGGAAGAGUGA